GCAGGGAGGAUUAAGUAUGGAAGACACAAGACAACAACAGGACUAUAAUCCCGUUUCCACAUAGGUGUACACCUGGGGUCAUCCUGCAGUGUUCUGAUGACAGCAUCAACUGGACCAGCAGUUUACUGCAGGCCUCCAUGAACACCAUGGAGGAGAGAGAUGAGCCAUCAUGUUCAGGGAUGGAUCUCAGGUCCGCUUCAGCACAGGCUGACUCUAUGUGUGCAUCUAGCAGAACAGACCCAGUCCAAGUCCCACCAUGUCCAGGUCCAACACAGGCCUUGUUCUAUUCAGUCAGUUCUACUAAGUUCUACUAAGGAAGGAUCUGUUCAGACACCAACUCCAACCCUGAUCCAAACAAUCUGCUGGAUCUUCAGAUCCAUUUCCAACAGCUGUGGGUCGACCUACGACUGAAUCCCUUUGUGUCUGCAGGCCUGAAGGGGGCGCCACACACUGUUGAUAUGGGACCAUUAGUGGGUCCGUACUGCCAGCUCUGUCUUCUUCUGAUCUUCAGGAGGACUCUAUUGGACCUCAAGGUUUGAGCAAAGUCAACUGAAGGUAGUUUUUGAUCACAUGAGAAUAAUUUGAAAGUUUCUGUGGAGAUCCAAACCUGAGACUUGAUUUAAAACAAGAGAAAGUGACUUUAAUUAAACCGUCUUUCUUCAUCUCUGCAGAUGUAUUUCUGAUUUCUGUCAGGGUUUGAGUUUCCUCCGGAGCAAUCCGUUUGGUUCUUUAGGACCUCUGACCCGACGGUGACCUCUCCAUCAGUUUACUGGCUGUUUUGAAUCUGCUCAGAUUCCCUGCAGCAGGUUGGCAGCGUCCUUUCCCAGGCAGGAAGACACAUGUCUCUCCUUCUCUUCCUCCUCCUCUUCCUCACCACUCUGCUCAGCAUAUCGCUAUUAAAACAGAAACACACUCACGGUUUCAUCGCACAGCGACACACACCUCUCAGACAGCUCGAGGAGGACCAGAGGAGAAGUUCAGCUUCAGCUCCUGCAGCUGCCUUCAAACUGACGGGAUGAGGUGGUGCCUGGUGUGGGCCGCUCUGUGGCUUCUGGUGGUCCUGAUCCUCCCUGACAUUCAGGCCGGGGUGAGACAUCGGAACCACGAGAGGGAGAGACGCAGAGGGAAGAGACGGAGGGACGGGCAGGGUUUCAUUCGGACCAGAGAAGGGCGCUCUAAACCUCUGAAGAUCCGGCUGGUUCCUGGUCCAAACAUCCCAAAGAAACCAGCAGGAAACCAAGGAGACGCUGAAAUCCUGACCUUUUACAGGAACGGCCCGGAUCAGCAGUCAAGCUACAACGUUAUCCCAGGUAAGCAGGCCCAGUGUGUGUACCGCGGGCUGACCAUGUUCGACCUGGCCGUCUGGUCUCCGUCGCCCUGCGUGACAUGUCUAUGCAGUGAAGGACGGGUGGUGUGUGAUGAGAUGAGUUGUCCCAGAAUGCACUGCCCGUCCCCCGCCAACCCUGCAGGGCAGUGCUGCCCCGUCUGCAUGGAGCCAGUUCCCGGUGACCCCAGUGAGCCCAUCGUCCCACUGACCCAAAAGGAGAUCCAGGGCAUUCUGUGGCGGGAGGAAGAGGAGCACCGUCAGGAGGAGGAGCGUCUGAGGAAGAAGGACGAGGCCAGGAAGAAGAGACGGAGGGAAAGGAAGGAGCAGGAGGAGAGGCAAAGGAAGAUGAUUGAAGCGAGGAGGAGGGAGGAAGAGGAAGCUCUAAGGCUGCAGCUGAAGAAAGAGGAGGAGGAGUGGAGGAGGCAGAUAGAGGAGGUGGAAGAGAGGAGGCGCCAGGCGGAAGAGAGCAUGAGAGAAGAGGAAAAAAGGAUAGAGGAGGAAAGAAGAAGACAGGAGGAAGAGGAGCAAGAGAAGGAGGUGAAGGAGGAGGUAGAGGUGUGGCUGAGGGGUGAUGUGUUCCAGAUGCCUCCAAAAAAAGAAGAGAUCCUCCCAUCCUCCUCCUCGCCAAUCCCGACGCCACCUGCUGCAGCACAUGAGCUAAAGGAGGGGGAACCAGGAGAGGUGGAGGAGCAUGAGAUGGAGGACAUUGAAGACGAGGAAGAAGAGGUGGGCAGCAGAGGAAGCCUCCCUGCAGGAUGUGACAUCUCUGAUGUUACUGUGACCUGUGAGAACGCCAAACUGAUCCACUUCCCUCCUUUGAGCGUCCCGGAGCUCAAGUCCCUCAGCCUGGAAGGAAACAACAUCAGCAGCAUCCCAGCAGGAGCCUUCAACGGCAUUCCCAACCUGGAGUGGAUCAACCUGAAGAAAAACAAGCUCACCUCUGCUGGGAUUGAUCCCAAAGCCUUCACAGCUCUAAAGACGCUGAGGCGUCUAUACUUGGAUGAGAACCUUCUAGAUGCGGUUCCUUCUGACCUUCCCUCCACACUGCAGGAACUGAAGAUCAAUGAGAACAAACUGAGAGGAAUAGAUGAAAACAGCUUCCAAGAUCUGAGCAACCUGGUAAUUCUGGAGCUGGAGGGGAAUCUGCUGAGUGAAGGGAACGUCGACCCGCGGGCUUUUGCACCUCUGAUCCAGCUCUCCUACUUCAGACUGGGCAGAAACCAUUUCCGCACUGUUCCACAGGGUCUUCCCAAGUCACUGCUGGAGCUGUACCUGGAGAACAACCUGAUCGAGGAAAUCUCAGAAACUGUUUUUAAUCGGACCACAAACCUGAACCUGGUUUCUCUGAGACACAACAAACUGGACGAGACCAAGAUCGCCCCCAUGGCCUGGUUCAACCACAGGAACUUGGAGUCCAUUGACUUGUCACAUAAUGAACUUUACCUGGUUCCAUCCUACCUUCCGAAGUCUCUGAUCCACUUAGUGCUGGUGGGAAACAACAUAGAGAGGAUACCCGGUUACAUCUUCGCCCACAUGGAUCCUGGUCUGGAAUACCUCUACCUUUCCUUCAACAAGCUGGAUGGAGAGGGAAUCGAACCGGAGUCGUUCUUCGGCGCCUAUCACUCCAUGACAGAGAUGUGCCUGGACCACAACCAGCUGGUCCAUGUCCCGCUCGGAGUCAGUGAAAUGACCAGCUUACACCUCCUCAGACUGGACAACAACAGGAUCAGGAGCAUCCCUGAAGAAAGCAUCUGUGACCCGGACCACCAUGAGGAAACAACUCUGGUUGCAAUAAGGAUGGAAAACAACUACAUUGAUCCCAAGAAGGUGUCACCAUCAGCCUUCUCAUGUUUACGUUCUGCCUCCGGGGUGGUCUUGAAACCUCAGAAAACCAUCUGAGCAGAGGAUCCAUAGAACCAGAGACUAACAGACAUUUGUUUUACACACCGACGUUUAAAGAUUUUGGUUUUGAAUCAGCAGAAAGAAGAAAGAACGUUCCCUCAGAAUCACCUGAUGUUCAGGAACAACAUGACAAGAUGUGAUUUACCGUCUGGGAGAAAGAGCUUUUCUGAUCUGUUUGGACUUGGACAUUGUUACAAGUUGUGAGUAACAUUUUCUGCCACUCAGCCCCUCCAUGACGUUUUGGGUUUGGUAAGUGGUUCCGUUGGGUCAUAUGGACCACCUUUGGCUGUUAGACGAUGACAGAACUCCUCCAGGCUUCAGAAACCAAACACAUCUGUCUGCUUUGGUAAAAUGUAAAGCUCUGUAAAAUGGAAAGAAUCCUUCCUUCGAGGCUGUAAAAUACUAAUAAAAAAUGGAAAGAAUUUCACUGCA